AUGCUUAAAGGUAUAUCUUCAGUCCCAGAUUCUUCAUCACAACCCAUGAAUGAGCCGCCUUCCUCCCAGGGCGUCGACCCCCCAAUCACCGAAGCAGAAGAUACUCCCAUGAGUCCGCCGUUGUGGCAACGUCUUCUCGCCUCGGACAAGGGGAAGUCCUCACGAAUGGAUGAGUCGUUGGUGGCCAGCUUGGCUGAGGGUGCGCCAUCUUCUACGAUUGUCGACGAGGAUGCUGACGGGAUUGUUCGUUCUAUCCAGGAUUUGUUCGCUUCCUGGGGGCAGGUCCAAAUGCCUCGCCCUACUCCAUAUGAUCGUCCUACUGCUUCUUCAGAAGAGGACUUGAAGUUCUUGAAGGGGUUGGUAUUUGAGUACGUGUCCUUCAUGGACAUGGACAUUGGAAGGGCUAGUGUUGCCAGACACAAGGAUGAACUUGAACGCUUGACCAAAAUGGACGAUUGCAGAGCGAGGAUGGCCGCUAAAAAGCGCAACGCCUCUCAGGGAAUUGAGCGAACCAAAUUCUUGGUCGAACAGUAUAAGAAGCUGGAGGAAAUGUUCUCUGGCCCGCAGCGAAGUUUUUUCCUGCAAAGUUUUUCCCAUCGUCUCUUUGUUCUUCAUAAGGAGUCAAUGAUGGAAGCGAUGCAUUUAGGAAGGUGGUGA